AUGACGCGAGGCCAGACCCGGCGCGUCCUCCGACCCGCCAGCACGGGACCUCGCCAGGAUGCCCGGCAAUCUGAAAUCGCCAAAUCGCCCGAUGGAAAGAUCCUAAUUCGAUCCCGAGAUCCACGCUUCUCCAUUUGCGCCGCCGCCACGGCUUGCCGCCUUCGUUCGCCGUCUGAACAGCAACAGAAAUUCUACCUCCCCCACCAGCCAGCCGCUGCUGCCCCGCCGCCGCACUUUGAACACCGCUCCUGGCGCCUCGAUCGACACACGGAGCCCUUGCUCUUUCAGCACGGUCGCGGCGAUGCUCAGCCGGCUUCACACUGCCUCUGCAGUGCCGAAGAGGAGUCGUGCAUGCGCACCUGCCCAGCUGCCCAGAGUCGCAGCAUUGCUCAUACUGGACUCCAGUCCAAGACAAGCAACGAGCCUUGA